AUGACAUGUGCAUUAGACUUGUUGAUAGAAGCAGAGCGCUCUAUAGCUGGAAGAGGAAGACAUUUACUCAAUCCUGGUACUGUGACCUUUCAUUCUAUUGAUUCUGGCGAAAUUGCAGCCGAUAAAAGUGACCAAGUGGUUGAUGAAGCUAAUAAUGGUGACUCUUGCUCUAAAGCAACUCAAAUAUCAACAGAAAAUCAUGAAACUGACGUUUCAUUUGAUUUAUUGUAUCCGUUCGGUGCAAAGAAAAUAUUAGGAAAGCUUUCAAGUGAUGAUGUGCAAAAAAUAAAGUGUUUUGGAAUUAAAGAGAGUAGCAUCGUGGCCCUUAUGAAAAAGCAUAUGAUAACUCUUUUAUUGAGGAACUCAUUAACCCCAACAGAAACAGAAACAAUGAAGCUAUUAUUAUCAAGCGUCAUAAACUUUGUGGAAAACUUAAUUUAUGUAGAGAUGAGACAUAUGUUAUCGACAUAA